AUGUCUUCAUCUUAUCCUCUGUAUACCCCUUCACCGACUGCUACAAUAUCCAGUACCGCAAACAAACACAAUGUAGCGACGUUUGCUGGCGCAGUGGGAGGCUCCUUCGGUCUUUUGUCAUGUUUGGCAAUAGGGCUUUGCAUUUCAAUCCGAUGUCGGCGCCGACGCGCCGCGUUACGCGAACGACGACACCGUUCAACUUUUGCGCAGGUUUUCACGGCGCAAGAUCACGGCGAGUACAGUCCAGAAGAAGAACCAGUCAUGUCGCAGGCACAACCCGCCCCGUUCGUUCCCCGAUACUUCCCCGGAUCGUUGCCGGUAUCUCCACCGCCGUACAAUGCGGACGAAAAUCGAACCGAGCAACCUACGUCGCCCGGUAUGUCAGUGAAUCGCGCUGGCAUGCCCGUCGCCAUCGCGUCCACUCUUCCUCCGAUGAUUUCUCUGCCGGGUGCGGCACUCGAUCUGCAGAGGACGUCCUCGAACAAUACGAGCACUAGUUACGCAGAUCGGCCGCCGCCUACUCCUCCCGAUGAGGACAUGCGCAUCUCACUUUUCGGGUCUGAUGGUUUAAGGGAAGAGCGGAAUCUAAAUGGUGGUAUCGUUGGGCCAUUACCCGUCGAGACACCCUCAUCUGAGGAGAGCGAUCCGAUGCUUAGUCUCGAAUUCGCUGAUGCAGACGUAGACGAUCGGCCUCCGCACGCCUUUGAUGGUCAAAUGCGUGAGGAGAGUGUGACCUCCCGGACAUUCGGAACAUCCGGCAACUCGAGGAGUUCUAGAUUGAGCGAGCCUUCAGGCACAGCAGCUUCAUCCUCGUACACGCCAUAUUCAUUGGCAUCCUCUAGUGCGACUUCGAUGUCAGCUCCACCAGGAACGACACCCAAAUUUGAAGACGCUGCUGCCUCGAGCGUCUCACCUCCCACCCUCUCCACGUCCACUUCACUUCCAUCUCUUACCGUUCCUUCUUCCUCGCGUUUACUCUCCUCUACUUCAUCACCUGAUCUUACUCCUAAACCCACCUCUCCAGCCGGAUUGAGUACAUUUGCUUACCCUCUUCUACAACCAUCACGAGUACCGCUCCCACCAUCCCUAUAUGGCUCGGAUGUCGGCUCUCAAGACACAUUAGAGAGGCACGACAGCCGAACAUGA